GUUCCUAUCAGCACACAACCACGAUCGACGGCACCCAGUAGUCUGCGCGUGCUGCCGUACCUCCGCCACCGCGCGCCAUGGUUCGGAGAUGCGCGACGGAAGCGAUGUAUACGGAGGGAUUGGAGCCAUGUACGUUGCUGCGGUCGGUUCGAAAAACGAUCAGGUCGUGUGACACGACCGACCCCCGUCACGACGAGGCAAGUGGGUGUGUUACCUUGCACGCCAGGAAAUAAAGAAACGCUCGUGUCUGGCUCGCAUUCGCCGGUGGCGCCGUGUCUGCGAUGGAGAACGCGAACGAGACUCGGGAAGGGCGCGACUGGCCGCAGAGCACACCCAGUGUUCCAGCGAUUCCCGCCGCAACGACGUCAUGUUCUGUCAAGUAAGGUGGAAUUUGCGACUGGCGCAGACUUUAUACUUGGCGUUUGUAUACUGCGUGGUGAUACAGCUCAUUUAUUAUGUAUCUAGUAGUACUUCACCGCGCGUUUUCGGCAUUUUCGAUUUCGGCCGGCGGUAGAGUAUGAUGUGGAACUACGGCAUGGUGGUGCCGGAAGUGACGGCGCUGCAUCGUGCGGUGCGAGGGACGAACAACCAGUUGAACUGCACCACGUCCACUAUAUGCCCAAGCGAUGUCCCCACUACCGUUGGAUGUGCACACGUCGACACGUCGACCCAGUCGAAUCAACCCAUCACAUACAGGUCCCUUGUCCUUGUCGACAUGCACAACCAACGCAACCAUAAAUUUAAAGUCAAGCGCCAGUACCUCGAGAUCCGCGGACACGUCCUCUUCCUCGGCAAGCACCCCGCAGCGAUGACACACCUUCUUCACAUCGACGACGUCACUGCCGUUGAACCGUCAUGUCUCGAACCCCACAGCCUGCUCAUCGUGAGCGCAAGCAUCUAUAUAUUCCUUGCUCUCGCAGACGAGCGGGAGUUCUUCAGGUGGAGAGCGCUGCUGCGGCAUGCCCGGCCCCUCGGAUAUGAAGGCACGUUGCAGAUCAAGAGUCACAAAGACGCCCCGACUCUGGAGACGACGCUGCGAACAGAUUGGAGUGUAGCCGAGUGCAUGAGACAUAUGGGACUGGAAGACGACAAGUAUUGCAUCAACGUGAAUGGCACGAGCCAGUACUGGACCGACCCGUCUGCAUCUUUGGAAGACUUUGCUACGCCAGGAACGCCAUUGCUGCUCACGGCAGUGCCAUAUCCCGACCCUCACAUGUUGACUUCCCAACUGUGACGUCUGGUUGACCUCCAAUGUGGUCACGGUUCUCAGGCAAUGAAUGGCGUGCUUGAUCAGUUCUAAAAUUAGGCGACAUACCGCUUACUAGAGGUAUACUCGGGCGAAUAAACACACUAAACAUGUUCUUGCUGCAUCGUCUGGCGCG